UUUCCGGAUGGGCGGGCUCUCAGGCUGCUGAUUCACAUACAGGAGAGGAGCAUCGUUGUGUACCUGAACAAUAUAAGCAUGCCACUGUUAAAGACUCUGUAAACUCAACCUCUGUAUUUUCCGACAGGUUAUUAUGCUUCCUACAGACUUUAAAGGCCUGAUCCAGAGGUUUUAUCACCUUCAGUCUGAGCGGGUGGAGACGUAUCAGCUCUUUGAAGAAGGACAUGAGGCCUAUUUGAGGACAGGCCCUCAUUAUGACUUCGACCACUACAGGCAGCUGGUCCAUGAGAUAACACAGGCCUUCUGCGGCAUCUCCAAGGAAGUGCUUGAGAUCAAGGAGAGGCUGCACCAUGACUUUGACAGACCAGACCUCUCUGAGCACAUUGAAAAGCUGCAAAGCAAAGAGAAGCAGAAACUUGAACUGACAGCCAAGCUGCAGCUGGCCAGGCAGCGGGCCCAGGAUCACCCGGAGGACGAGGGCUGUCAAGAACAGAUUCAGGAGAUCAAGCACGAAAUCAUCAAGAACAAAGAGGCUCUGAGUGAGAUCAUGCAGGACUUUAAGUAUGACUCAGAGGAGUGUGAUUGACAGGCGACUCCCCGGGGGCCUGCAGCCGCCCUCUCACAUCACCAGACAGUGGGGCUGACAGGUCGACUCGGCCCUGCUGCAACUUCCAUCCUGGACUCCUCAGCUGCGCUUAUCGAUCCCUCUGGCUCCACCCUGCUCACUGCUGCAGUCUUAUUCCACCCAGGGGGCUUUUCACAAUCUGGCUCUGUGUGAGUGUGUGUGUGCGUGUCUGUUUGUGUCAAUGCAUACCUCAGCGAAAGAACAAAAAAAAAGAAAAAGAGAAGAAAACAUGCUUUUGUUGUUACGAAAUUGAUGAAAUGUGUAAAUACUGAAAAGGUUAAAUAAUAGUAAAAAGUUAAUUCAUCUUUGUUUAUUUGAAACAUUAUAUUUUUUAAAUAACAACACUUUCCAAGACA